UCAACUGGAGUCUAUAAAUAUUCUGCAAAUGACAGUUGUUUGAGUUAGUUAGCCUUCCUCCCAAAAACGAAUAGUGCCGUCGUCGUAUUCGUAUACAUUUUUCAAUACAAAACUUGCAUCGUCAUGAUUACACACCGAUUAAUGGCAUUCGAAAUCCUUAGUGCAUUCCUCGUACUCCUCCUGCUCGUAGAUAACCAACGACCGCUGAUGGUCCAAGCAUUUGGCUACUCGUAUUCCAGAUUUAUUGGACCCGUUCGUGGACCAGAGAGGCAGAUCAUCGUUCACGAUCGGUACGACGGCAGGGGACGUGUAGAUUACGUGGCCAGACCAGAGUAUCAGUUCGCGUAUGGAGUCGAAGAUGCCAAGACACGAGUGUUGCAAAAUCGACGGGAGACCCGUAAUGGCGAUGCCGUAAAAGGUGUCUACAGUGUGGUCGACCCUGAUGGCUCCCUGCGAGUGGUUAAGUAUACCGCGGACAAUGUUAAUGGAUUCCAAGCUGAGGUCACCUCAAAUGGAGUCUCGACAAAUCAUGGUCAAGACAAUCCAGUAGUGGUUCAUCCGGAUCCGCAGCAAUUAACCGAUGAUGAUGGUGCCACCGGUGCUGCCGUUGUGAACGCCAAGGACGAGACUAAACCUCUUCAACCAAAUCAUCACAUUCAAGUACAGCACCCAGAGAAUUCACCACAGACGCCACCGCCGCGGUCUUAUGAACGGGAAACGACAGGAGGAGUUAAAAAGAUUCCAGCUAAUGUUGAAGAAGUAAACAAUGAAUCUUCAGAUUCAAGAGACGCCAGCGAUUACCAAGAAGAAAAUGAUGAUGAUGAUGUUGCUGAUGGUGGGAGGUCAUCAGAGAGCAGAAACGAGUCGAAGGAGAAAGAUGACGACGACGAUGAUAGCAGUGAAGAGGUCGAAGAUUAUUAGCGUGAAUCUUAAAGUUUUAGGUUAAUAAACUCCGGAAAUGCUAUACAAAUAU